AUGGAAGAUUUCUACAAUAACAGCAGCUCACAGGACCAAAGCUCUGAUUACAGCCACAGUGAUUUUAAAAACAACUCCCAUCAGUACUACGACUUACCACUCACCAAGAAUGUGACAUACAUAAUCGUUGGUAUCGGCCUUCCUUUGACCCUCAUGGCCAUCUAUGCUCUUUAUUCUACAGUGAGAAGUGAUCAUGUUGCUCCGAUCUACGUCAUCAAUCUUCUCAUGUCUGACCUCCUUCAGCUCUGCUGCAUGAUUGUUCAUGUGACACAACCUCAGGAUGGGAAGAUAUCUCAAAUAUUCUAUUAUAUUUACUACUUUGGUUUAUUUACCAGUGUUUACUUCAUGGUCUGCAUCUCCCUGGAAAGGUAUUUGGUCAUCGUCCACCCGCUGUGGUACCGCUUCAGACGAACCAUCAAGACCUCUGUGGUGUUCUGUGUCCUGGUCUGGGUUAUUACUCUUGUCUGUGGCGUCCUUUACUAUGUCUUUAAGGGUUAUGUGGUCACAAAAAUAAUUUUCCCUGUGUUCCUCCUCCCUCCCUUCCCAUUGUUAAUCUUCUUCCUGGUUGGGACCCUCAAAGCCCUGUCUGCUGCCAUGUCGGUCCCCUCUGAUGAAAAGCGACGAAUAGUUGGAAUUUUGGUUCUGGUGCUGCUUAUUUAUACACUGCUGUUCCUGCCCAACAUAAUUUUCUACUUGGUCAUAUAUGACAAGACCCUUGACAUCCUGUCUUUAAUCUUUGUUAGGUUCAGUCCUCUUGCAGACUUGUUCCUGUAUGUGUUCAUGAGGAAAGGGGCCAUAGACAAGCUUUUGGCUUCUGUGUGUUGCUGCAGAAUGGACAGAAAUGAAAUCAGCAGUCCAUCAGUAUGA